AUGGUAAAUUUAUCUGAGAUUCCUAUUGUAGACAUUUUUAAAAGUCUCAUCCUUGACUCAUUAAUGAAGGAUGAGUUUAUACACAAACGUCAAAGUCCUAAAGGGUUCUUUAGUAGAAAUAAGUAUUGGUUAGCAGGUACUGCGCUAGUUGCUGGAGCUGCUUUGGGUCCAUUUGCGCUUACUGGGAUAGCAGCAGCGAUAGGGUUUGGUGAAGCUGGUAUUGUUGCUGGAUCUAUUGCGGCAUGGAUGAUGUCAUUACAAGGUGGAGCUGUCGCUGCGGGUAUUGGGGGAUUUAUUGCUGCUAGUACUGGAGGUGCUUAUUUUGGUGCUGCAAUUGCUAAAGCGAUACUAAUGAUAUCAGAAUCGAAUUCCGAAGAAUUUGCAGAAAUGGAAAAUUUUGUUUCCAUUUAUGAAAGUGAUGUCGACGAAAAUGAUGAAGAAAAAAAUAAUUUGCAUAAAAAAAUGAUUUUUGACAUGAAGCAACCGCUUCUCGAUAGUAAUGAGAAUGAAAAAUUAAAAUCCUUUCUUAGAGGGUUUGACUUGGCUCGGCAAGUUUCCCAAGACAGAGCAAAGAAAUUCGAAUUUUUAGUUGAUAGAGAAGAGGAAAAGUGUCUUGAAGGACCAAAUUUUUUACAUAAACAUUUAAUCGAUACUUACGGAGAUGAUUGUCGUGAACAUUUGCAUGUCGUUGAGCAUUCUGAUAGUAAAAUUUUAUGGUUCCUUUCCAAGUGA